AGCUGGGUGGGGUCUGUGAUAAGAAGGAUCAAGAUUGGAGUACUUGAUAACAGAAUAUAACUGCUCAAACCUGCUUAGACCUUCACUCUUGUCUUGACUUGAGACCAACAAACAUGAAGGGGUUUCGGAGAUUGGUUAUCCUAGGAGUAUUCUUGGUCACUCUUCUCAUCGUCAUUGACAUAAUCGAUGCCGGGAAGAAGGAACCAAAGAAGAAAGAACUUGAAAAUAAAACUCCAAACAUAAAAGAAAAGUCAAAGAACAUGAAGUAUGAAAAACUGAAGAAACAAGAAAAUCUGAAACAAGAGAAGAAGAGAUCUGACAAGACAGCCAAUUCCGAGGACACCAAGCAAUAUAGCGAAGAUCCUAAGCUUGAAUCGAAGAAGUACAAAGUCAAGAAAGCAGCUAAGUACUCAUCUAAAGAGGGUAAGACAGUAGAAAACAAUGUGAAUCCAAAAUACACUAAGUCACACCAAAAGGCUAAGAAAUACAAAAUAUUAGAAGAUAAUGAGCCAUCACAAGAGUUCACAACAAAAGGAAAGAAACAAAAGGCAUAUAUCUCAAAAACAUUAUCUCCAGAUGACAACAAGACUCUGAAAAAGUCACCUAAAGAUAAAUUUCAAGAACCUGUUGAUGAGGAACUUAACAAUGUGCAUGAAGAACAAAUUGAUGAUGAGGUCAAUAGUUUAAAAAGAAAGAAGUACAAAUUGGUGGAAGUUGUUUUAGAAGAAGAUGCUGAAGAAGAGAAAGAAGGAAAUGAAACAUACAUUGAAUUAGGAUCUGAAGAGGAUAUUUUUGGAACGAGUGAAGGAAAUGAAAGCGAAGAGAUCGUUGAAAAACUUGGAACAGGUCAGAGCUUUAAAUUGACAAAGAGUAAAAAAAACCGCCAAAACUCCUUCAGAUGACUACUUGAGUGAAGAAUUCAGCACUGAGGAUUACAGUGUAGAAGAAAGUACAGAAUCAGGCUAUAGUGAGGAUGAAAGUCCAUCAUCUAAAUAUGAGGACCCGAAUACCCAGCCGAGCUGUAAGCCUCAACCAGAAGAUCCACACCGAGUUGGUCCCAAGAAACUCGUGCUUUAUGUCAUUGAAGAAGAAGUCAAUGGACAAAUCAAGAAACGAGUAGUUACAGAAGAAGACGGAGUAACAAUGUGCGAAGUAGCCGACCUUAUGAAAGAACAUUACUAUGCUGGUUUGCUCUAAGAAUAAACUUAGCAGUUUAAUAUUAUAAGACUAUGUUUAAUUGUAAUAUUCAGACGUUUAAGCUAUUCAGCUCUUUUAUUUACCAAAACAACCCAGAUACAUGUAUAAGCUAAAAAACCCAGUGAAUAAUAAUUUAUUACAUAGAAGUAGUUUAACAGUUAUAUUAGAAAAGCAUGCUAAGGUUUAAUAAUACGGUAUUUAUAGAAAAGUUCACAACUACUUAUAACCAAAGAGUUCCUUUAACAAGAUUGUCUCUUUUAAAAUUUGUUUGGUUGUUAGUUCUAAACAUUAGAAUACAUUUUUGCAAUAGGUGUGAGUAUAAUUUAAGCAGGUGGAAGAUGGUUUUAAGUACAAGUAAGUGGUUUUAAAUAUAAAAUAUGUUCAAGAAAUACAGGUUUUUAAUGGUUUUAGCUAUUAUUAGCCAUCAGUUUGUAAGAAACAUUUUGCACAGAUUUGGUUUCAUGUAUUUUUUACGUUUAGUGAACAGAUACUACCAAGAGCUUCCUUUAGUGCUUAAAUUUGGUUCAUUUGGAUUAACUCAUAAAAUUGUGUUUCUUAAUUUUGUCCGUAACAAAGUAAUCUUUAGAGAUAUUAUUGGACCUUUAAUAAGAUUUCCAUAAUUUAAAUUUUACACGCUUUAAAAGUGUUAGUUGCAAAAAUUUGUAUUUUUAUAUACACCAGUAAUUAAUUUGUAUCAUGAAAUUGAAGCCAUAUAUGAUUCAACGUCAGCAUUAAAACUCCAUGACUUAGUGUUUUUAUGUAAAACUACACUUGCGUCUACUGAAUGUUAGUAUUUAAAUAAAAUAUAACCAUCGUUGUACUCCUUUUACUUAAGGAAGAUUGUGAAUAAAUUGUUUUGUACCAAUGCA